AUGAGGAGACUACCUCCCCGACUGCUGGCCUCGAUACCACACGCAAGCCCGUGGGGCGCUGUGCCCCUCUUACUCUCGUCUUCUGUCGCAAACCACACACUUCAAAACCUGAGGGCGGGACCACGAUUACGAGUCGUUGCGCAAUGGCAAUGGCACCCUCAAUGGCAACAACAGCGUGCCGGCUUCUUGACGGGGCCGGCAUCGUUUCAUCCCGCCGACAACGACACAAGCCGCGCCAGUCCCUCUCCCACGAUUGCUCGUGAAGCCUCUACUUCGCCAACGCCAACGCUUCCUGGCCUCGAAGAAGCUGGUCAUGAUGAACAGUCACCUGCUGGACUCCACGAGGACGGAAUCACCGAGGAAGAGCUACCUAAGCUUCCCUUCCGCUUCGACACGGGCAUUGGUCUAUACGCAAAGCGACCGCCUCGCCCUUUCCCACCACCAUUCCUCUCGCCACCCUCCGGUUCUUUCAGCGACCCUCUCAGUACGCAUGAUCGCAGUCGAGAUCGCCGCGCGGCUUAUGUCAACGGGAAGUUGAUACGAGGUUACACCAACGGCGACGAUGCUGUAUUUGCCAGCAAAUACUUUGUUUGCGCAAACGACGGCGUGGGCGCAUGGAGUACACGACCCCGAGGGCAUGCUGGCCUCUGGUCCCGACUAAUAUUGCACUUUUGGGCCAGCGCAGUGUUCGAGGACGCCGUACGACAAGGCGACACUUACCGCCCCGACCCGAUCGCAUAUCUACAACAAGCGUACGAACAAACAAUGGAAGCGACGGCAUCACCGAACGACUGGCAAGGCACGACGACAGUUGCGGGCGCACAGCUACAUUACCGUCGCAAGCUGGGAGAACCUGGUCAGGACGUUGCUGAGUCUGACAAGGGUUCCGCAAGUGGAGGUGCCACGAACCUGACAGAUGGGGAUCGGCCAUCUUAUCAGAGCACCGAUAGCGCUGGCCAUGCUAAAGUACAGGGCGAGACCGAGAAGCUGGACAACAGCGGAGGAAGCGAUGUGGAGCCGCUGCUUUACGUCACCAACCUUGGCGACUCGCAGGUGAUGGUUGUGCGGCCGUCGACACGCGAAAUCGUGUACAAGUCGACUGAGCAGUGGCAUUGGUUCGAUUGCCCGCGUCAACUGGGCACCAACAGUCCCGACACACCCCGUACAAUCGCAGUGGUGGACGAGGUACCAAUACAAGAGGGAGAUGUUAUACUAGCCAUGUCGGAUGGUGUUAUUGACAACCUUUGGUCGCAUGAGAUCUCGGAGAAGGUCUGUGAGUGCAUGGAGAAAUGGCGGGCGGGCGAAGUAAAAGUGAGCAAGGGCGUUCUACGGGGGACCGUGCUGGACAAUGAUGCUGGCAUGAUGGGAUUCGUGGCGGAGGAAUUGAUGGAAGCCGCAAAAGCCAUUGCUUUGGAUCCGUACGCGGAGAGUCCAUUCAUGGAACAUGCUAUUGAAGAAGGUCUUGCCAGUGAAGGCGGCAAGCCAGACGAUAUCAGCGUCAUCGCAGCCAUUUGCAAAAGGAACGACUGA